CCAUACUUAUUUCUAGUUAGUAUAUGCGAGUAUUGUAAGCUGACGGGUAUCAAAACAUAUGAUGAUGAAGUGACAAUUUCAUGAUCAUUGUAUUGCGUUUAUAAAGUUAGAAAACUAUUAAUAAGUAAUGCGGUAACGUAAAUAAAAACAAAAAUAUUGAUUUAAAUAAGAUAACGAUAUUUUUACUUCGCUUUUAAAUAAGGAUAAGUUUGUAAUAAUCAGUGGGAAAUGUCAAACAGCGCAUAUAAAUAUUUAUUAACAGCGCAUAUAAACAUAAGAUAUAUGAAAAUCCUUUGAGUAUCUAUUACAAGUUAUUAUACUUAAAUUAUAUUGUCUACAGAUAUAACAACAAUUCUUAUUGUUACAAUGUCACAACCCGAUACUGCUACUGCUCCAGUACCUAAUAAUCAAAAUGGCACAGUUUCACAUAAUAAUCGUACUCUCACUGGUGUUAGCGGACCAGUUUUAAAUAAUAAUAAUAUGAAUACUGCGAGGAAUAAUAAUAAUCAGAAUCCAUUAUUUAAUGUGCGAGAUAGAUUAUUUCAUGCAGUUUUUAUCAAGGCUGCAUUAGCUUAUGCACGAACAUUUCCACGACCUGUUAGAAGAUUUAUAGAGUUCAUAGUUUUGUUCAAAGCAAUACUGGCUUUUUUUGUACUCACUUAUAUUCACAUAGUCUUUUCACGAGCACCUAUAAAUUGUUUAGAACAUAUAAAAGAUGAUUGGCCACGAGAAGGUAUAUUAAGGGUAGAGAUUCUUAGAAAUAAGGGCGAAGAUUAUAGUAUAGAAAAAAGUUAUGCAAAAGAAGAGAAGUUACGACAAGAAAAGAAUGAUAUUGGGAUACUGUUGCAAGAUGGGCUUAUCAACAUCGAGCCAUCUUCUGUCGACGAAGGGCGAGAAACCAUUCAUCUGUCUACCGAAAAUAAUUACGAAAAUGUUACUUUACCUGUAAGCAAUGUGGAUAUAACCAGUACAACAAUUUUUGGAGAAACGCAGUAUCCGAAUUUAAGUACAUCUAAUGCAACGAGAAGUCCGUCAUUAACUGGGUCUGAUAUAAAUGGAGAAAGAUUAGAGGGUAAUGCAACGAAGGCGGAAGCAUAUGAUAAAGAUAAAGAGAUUCACUCUUCAAAAGAACAUGCUACGGAUUCCGAGAAGACAUCAAGACCAGUAGUUCUUCCAGAGGAUGGAUACAUCGUGGAAUAUUCAUUGGAGUAUGGCUAUUUGAGAUUACCUCCUGAAAAACGAGAACAAUUAAACAUAUCGGUGAAAAUUGUCACGUUGGAUCCAUUAAAUGAUAAAUGUUUUGGAGAUGCAUUUUCAAGAUUAAUACUAGACGAAUUCUUAGGUUACGAUGAUCUGCUAAUGGCAAGUAUUAAGACAUUAGCAGAGCACGAAGAUAAUAAAGGUUUCUUGAGAAAUGUUGUAACCGGUGAACAUUAUCGUUUUGUUAGCAUGUGGAUGGCCAAAACAUCGUAUCUCGCUGCAUUUUUCAUUAUGCUAGUAUUCACUGUCUCGAUAUCGAUGUUGCUUCGUUAUUCUCAUCACCAGAUCUUCAUUUUUAUCGUGGAUCUCUUACAAAUGUUGGAAUUCAACAUGCCGGUGUCGUUUCCAGCUGCAUCUCUUUUAACGGUUAUCCUGGCAUUGGUCGGUAUGGAAGCUAUCAUGUCGGAGUUUUUUAAUGAUACCACAACUGCAUUUUACAUCAUAUUGAUAGUUUGGAUUGCCGAUCAGUACGAUGCCAUAUGUUGCCACACACCUGUAACGAAAAGACAUUGGUUAAGGUUCUUCUACUUGUAUCAUUUCUCUUUCUAUGCUUAUCACUAUCGUUUCAAUGGACAGUACAGCAGUCUGGCAUUGGUGACAUCUUGUUUGUUUAUACAGUUAACCGAAAUACUUUUUUUUGUUUUCUAUUUAUAUCAUUCAGCAAUACGUUUAGAUGACAGACCGAGGAUCGAUGAAACGAACGAGGAAACAACUCUCGGGGAAAUGUCAGCAUCUCAAGAAAUUGGAUUAAACGAAACUGCUGAUGGUUUUUCGUCAACGGACACAUCAACGUCCGAAGGUUUUGAAGUUAUCGAUGCUACUGAAGCUGGCCGAAAAGAAUCAAUUACUAUGAUGACGACAACUACGACGACGAUCACUAUGACACCAUCAACAACUAUGAUGACGACAACAACAACAACAACAACAACAGCAGAAACAACAACAACUGCAACUGCAACUGCAAUUACGACGACGUUGUCGUUGUCAUCGUCAUCAUCUUCAUCAGCAACGGAAACGGAAGAAGAUCAUUAGUUGAUUUAUUAUAAAUAAAAAA